AUGACUUCCCAGGAGAAUCUGAGGCCUAAAUCUAUAGACUUAUCGCACCACCUCAACACGCUCAGCAGGUCGAGGGUUCCCAGUCCGCUGAAGGAUAUCAUCAAGUACAUGCGAGAACCAGGAAUGAUCAGUCUAGCGGGAGGGCUACCUCACCCGAGUCUAUUCCCAUACCAUAGCCUCCGUGUGGAUGUCUAUACACCGGAUACACUCGAUGGUCAUGGGCAACCAUCCGACGCGAGCACGGGGCUUACACUUCACUCAGAAAAAUACGGAGAUCGUGAUCGUACAGGAACCGAUAUUUCGACGGGUUUACAAUACACCACUUCGAAAGGGUCUGAGAGACUCUCCUCCUUUCUCCAAAAGUUCACUAAAGAUGUAUUGCGUCCGGGUUUCACGGAUUUCGAAAUUUUGUUGAAUUUCGGCAAUACCGAUGCUUGGUCUAAAGUUGUUUCUUUGUUAUGCGAGCAAGGCGACUAUAUUCUGGUUGAGGAGCACACCUACCCUUCCUCUCAGGCACUCUGGGCUCCGAUGGGUUGUCGUGGUGCCCCUGUUCAGAUGGAUAAAGAUGGCAUCAUUCCGCAAGCGCUCGAGCAAGUACUCGGAGGCUGGAACGAAGCAGUAAAAGGGGGGAAACGGCCAAGGCUACUCUAUCUCAUCCCCGUAGCUCAGAAUCCCACCGGUGCGACCUUGACAUUAGAACGCAAGAAAGCCAUUUAUGACAUCUGUGUCAAAUAUGAUGUGGUGAUUUGCGAAGACGAUCCAUACUACUUCCUUCAACUUCCCGCCUACCUACCACCCGAGCAGCGAGCAGUUAGAAUAGCGACAGAGAUGACUCCAGAGGAACUUCUAGAGUUUCUGGUCCCGACCUUUUUGCACCUUGAUUGGCAAGGGAGGGUCAUUAGAUUGGAAACUUUCAGCAAGACAUUGGGUCCGGGUAACCGGCUAGGGUAUUUUAUAUGCAAUCCGAUUUUCGCAGAGAGGUUGCAGCGUGCGUCAGAAGUUAUGACACAAGCACCGGCUGGCUGGUCGCAGAUCAUUGUUGAAGAACUUCUUUGUACGUGGGGUCAAGAAGGGUUUUUACGUUGGGUGACGGGGCUAAGGGACAGUUACACCGUCAGACGGGAUUGGAUGUGCGAUAGUCUGGUCGAAUUUUUUGACGUGGUGUCCGCCCCUGAAGGUCUGGCGGCUGAUGUUAUUGCAUAUCCCAAGGGGCGGAUUAGUGCAGGUAAAACGGCCCCAGUUUUUAGCUUUAGCUAUCCUAAGGGAGGCAUGUUUCUCUGGAUCAAGUUGGAUCUGAGCCAGAACCCCGUUUAUCAAAGGAUGAAGGCCAAUGGAGAGGCAAAUGCCGAACAGAAAUGGGCAGAUGAAUUCUGGAUGUCCAUGAUCAGAGCCAAGGUUCUAUUGGUUCCUGGGUCUUACUACACCCCGAUAUUGAGUAACGACCAACGAAUGAAGCAAGACGGAGCAGUCGCGUACUUCAGGUUGGCAUAUUCUUUGGAAAGCCGUGAGGACAUUCAUGUGGGAAUUCAGCGCAUGGCUAGAACGUUCGAUGAAAGCUGGGAAUUCAGGAAAGUCCAUUUAGAAUGCCAAUAA